CCCGCUCGCUGCCGCCCCCUGCGUUGGCUGACAGUGAACGACCCGCCGUCUCUCCCUCCUACGACGCCAUUUAACACCCGACACCGAGUCCCUUUGGAAUAUUCAGGAGCUGCGAGGCGUCUGCAGUCGAGCGGGGAAGGAAGAGGAGGCCUCGGGCCCGAGGAUGCGGCGGCAGCGGGCGGCGGCAGGGCGAGCGCUGCGGGCUUAGGGCGGCGACGAGGCCGAGGCCUGAACUGCGGCCUACCUCUGGAUCCGUCUCCCUCUCCACCUCACAGCUUCCCCCCCUCGCCAACCAUGCCUUUCUUCGCCAACAACCCCUUCGACCAAGAUGUGGAAAAAGCCACAAAUGAGCAUAAUACCAGUGAAGACUGGACCCUCAUCAUGGACAUCUGUGAUCGUGUUGGGAAAACACCAAAUGGAUCUAAAGAUUGUCUGAAGGCGAUUAUGAAGAGAGUAAGUCACAAAAAUCCACAUGUGGCAAUGAAGGCGUUAACGUUAUUAGGCGCCUGCGUCUCAAACUGUGGGAAGAUUUUCCACCUAGAAAUAUGUUCUCGUGACUUCACAAACGAUGCUGGAACUUUAUUAACUGCAUAUAGUAAGGCUCAUCCAAAGGUGUGUGAGAAAUUUAAGGCGUUAAUGGUGGAAUGGGUGGAGGAGUUUCACAAGGAUCCCCAGCUCAGUCUUAUUACUGCUACCAUCAAAGAACUUAAAGAAGAUGGGGUCACAUUUCCUACAGCCAGCUCUCAGCAAAGUCAGAGCAGUGCAAGCUCAUCAAAAAUUGGCAGCACGUCACUAAAUAAAGCUACUGAAGAUACAGAUCUAGCUAAAGCUAUCGAAAUUUCUUUGCAAGAGCAGAAGCAUCAACAGACGGAGACAAAAUCUUUCUAUCCUUCAGCUGAGACCGCAGUGAACUCCCACAGGACUGAGAUACGAGUGGUCCGCGCUCUCUACGACUUUGAGGCCGUUGAAGAUAAUGAACUAACUUUUAAAGCCGGGGAGAUAAUAACCAUUUUAGAUGACAGUGACCCUAAUUGGUGGAAAGGAGAGACCAAAAGAGGUGUUGGGCUUUUCCCUUCCAAUUUUGUGUCGACCAGCCUGAGUGCAGACCCUGAGCCGGAGAAAGAAGUGGUGCCAGAGGAGCCAACCGUACAAGAACCUCAGCCUUCUGAGCCUGAGCCAGUCUACAUAGAUGAGGAAAAGAUGGAUCAGGUACUACAGAUGCUCCAGAACGCCAUUCCCACCGAACAGCGGCCAGACUCGACCGAACUGCUACGUUUAGAAGAUGUCUGCCAACAAAUGGGACCAAUUAUCGAUGAGAAGCUCGAAGAAAUAGACAGGAAGCACUCUGAGCUGUCGGACCUGAACGUGAAGGUUUUGGAGGCGCUGGAGAUGUACAACAAAUUGAUGAACGACGUGCCUAUGUAUUCCUCCAUGUAUUCCAAGCCUCAGGCUCAGGCACAGGCCUUCUAUGCACAACAGUCGGGCUCCAUGCCAAUGCAGGUGUACCCCGGGCAGUCUCAGACCGCCACCUACAUGGCAGCUGGAAUCCCCCAGGGCUACAGCAUCGGACCUGACCAGAUCGGCGCACUACAAUCUCUGCCCCAGAUUGCAAACCAGAGCACUCAGGCACCCUAUCUAAGCGCUGGAGCACCACCGACGUACAUGAGUCACCAGGUGACAGCUGGACCUGCCACUCCCUACACGGGCCAAGUAGGACUGAGCGCCGACAUGUCUGCUGCCUAUCAGAACACUAGCGUCAGUGCAUCCAUGGCUGCAGGCUAUCCCAUGGCCACCCAAGCUCAGCCUCUCCCACAGCAACACUCUAACUAUUUUCAACAGCCGUUGCUUUGAAGCUUGCACCCCCCACCCCCAGACUGGUGGACUGGUUUCCGUGUUAUUGUGCUGAGUACUGCCCUGGUGAGGGUUAACGAGGUGGGGUAGAAAUACUGCGCUAAAGUGUUAACUCUGCACGUGAUUUCCCUCACCACCCCUUCCUCUUUAAAUGUGGACCGGUUCCCCCCUUCUCC